AUGAUGAAGUUAUAUCAAUUUGAAUUCUCCUUAUUCCUUCUCCUUACCAUUCUCAAUACAACCUACCAACAGAUAACACCAGAGAUUACCGUCGUAUCUCAAAUCAAACAAUAUCUGUACGAUUUUGGCUACAUCAAAGAAUCGAAGGACUACUUCGACGAAGUUAUAGACAAAGAUACAAUAUCCGCUAUUAAAACCUACCAACAAUUUUUCAAUCUCCAAGUUACUGGUGAACUAAAUACCGAGACUUUGCAACAAAUAUCAUUACCACGAUGUGGUGUUCCCGAUAUGAAUUUCGAGUAUGGCUUUAAUGAUGCAACUAAUACAUCGCAGCCGAAAGGAAACAAGUGGUUUCCCAAGGGCACGAAAACUCUCACCUAUGGUUUUAAUCCCGAAAGUGAAAUCUCAAUCUACAUGACCAGCGCGUUUAGAAAUGCCUUCGCGCGAUGGUCGAUGACCACUAGAAUCAUGAAAUUCAACGAGACAGCAUACGAUGAUGCUGACAUUAAGAUUGGAUUCUACUUUAUUGAUUACGACAAUGUGGUUGAUAGGCUUGUAGUGGCUGAUACAUUUAUUAGUUUGAAUGUUGAUUCAAAGGUUAUGUCCGGUAUGAUGCGUCUCCAAGGUACGAAGAAUUGGAAGUUGCCAACUGACAACGACACUUUGUUGUGGUGGUUAGGAGACUUUGACUUGGAGAGUGUGGCAAUGCAUCAAAUAGGUCAUUUGCUUGGACUUGAUCAUUCUUCCCAUAAUGAGUCAAUUAUGUAUCCAGCAAUCUUGCCAUCACAACAAAGGAAGGUGCAGAUAACAGAUUCUGAUAACAAAACCAUCCAACAACUCUACAGCGCCAAUGCUAUCAAAGACAGUGCAAACUUUGGUGAUAGUGGGAGCUUCAAACUUGUUGGGCCUAGCUCUGGUUUUCUUACCUCUUUAUUCCUUGGAUUUACUUUUGUUGGUUUAUUGAAUUAG